AUGUCACAACCUCGAGAUCUGCAAGAGGUCAUGCAGACCCUACCCCAAGAGAUCUUCGACCACGUCUACGACCUGACCUUCACCGCCGGCACCUACGAGCGCAGAAUCCGCGAGCCGGCCCUGGGCAAGAUACGGUGGGCCUACAAGUUCGGAAAGAGAACAGAACCACAGGAAAGGCAGUACGUCGAGGUCGACAUGACGGACUUCCGACCGGCUCGACCUCAGAUCGAGGACGAAGAUCUCGGUCUCUUUCACGUCGACCGCGCUACUCGCCAGAAGUUCGCGGCGUCUUUCUUCGGAAACGGUACGUUCGUGUUCGAGCGAGGGUCGCUUCUGAGACACUUCGUGAACCGGUUGGAUCCUGCUUUCUUGGGGUUCCUGCGGGACGUUCGAGUUCCCGGCAGUACGAUGUUUGGGACUGAUCUGAUGGAGGGGAUGGCUCUCACCCCCAUUGUGAAACGCUGGAGGGACUUUCUUUUACACGAGGAUUGGCGAUCGAGGUAA